UGCAAUAUUCGAGCUGUUUUUGAAAUACGUACUAUAGAUGUUCUUUCGUACAACAUCUACCGGCUGAACAUGCCGAGGGAUCGGAUAAAAACGAAAUGAAAGAAAAGCGAAGAAAACAUCAAAAGCAUCCAGUGUGUGUUGUAUAUGUAACGCUUCAAACAGAGCGAACAUAUUUAUUAUUUAUUUUAACACUGACACGUGCAUACCAACCGAUACGUUAGACUGGUUGUUACUGAUCAACGCUUGAUGUUAUGAUGACGGAAAAUCCGAAGUACAUCAAAAGACACCCAAUACAGGUGCAUUUGUAGCGGACUGUGAGACCUCCCCCCCCCCCCUUCCCAACCUUCCACGAAUCAUUACGGUCAAGCCGCUCCAUCACCAUCGCGGGCUGUUUUAUUCUACGCCAAUGCUCACCCCAGCACUAGUAAGGAUUCACUUAAGGGAAAAUUACUACACAUCCUACCACACCGGUGUAGGACGUGCAGCCGCGCCACUGUGUCGCCAGCGUGCGCUGUAUAGUGUUACGGGGUACGAGCAGAACCGGAUUGAUGCCGGUUCUCACCUCGGCCGCCGGGUUGUCGUGAAUGAAUCCUUACACCUCUAACGCCACCAUUACGCCCCUGGGUGUAUGAAGGAAAACAUUUCAUGCGAAGGAAACCGCAGCACUGCCAGCCCAUCGUUCCGAUAUUGAUUUCCAUCACUGGUUGUACCGUGCGGGGUCUCGGUUACAUUUGCAUCCACAUGUCUUCGCCCUGUACGUCUGCCGCCAUUUUAACGCCAGUUUCAAAUCGUCGGUAAAGAGUGUUUGUAGAUGUAGGUGUGACUUAAACUUUUUUUUUUGGAAGAGAAACCAAUUCGCAGUCACUUUAGCCUGGACAUUAGCUCAGUUCCAGCUGAAUCGUGUAGCAGUCCACACCGAAGUUACGUUGCCCACACGCACCAAACUUUCGAGUGUGUGUGUGUGUGUGUAUCUGUGUGAGUUAGUAUAACUGGAUGUAAGUGUGCGGUGUCAUCUACCUUUGGCUCCCGCCAAACAAUAGAGCAGAAAGUGUGGUCCAGAUUGGAGCAUAGUCUAUGGACCAUCUCGUGUAUAUGUGGGUUAAUAUUUUUCGUGUUUUUCGCAAGUGUGUGAGUGAGUGGUUUUAAUGGUUCUAGAAGAGUUGCCAAAUCCCGUGUGCAUGCCCCCAGUCGUCACUGCCAGUUCCAUGACCAAGCAAUCCGCUAUCAAACUGCUCAAUAUGGUAGCGAACGGACGCAAGAGACACUCGUCGAUCAAUGAGCAACAGCAGCUAGUGCCAUUGGAGGCUCCGGCAAGUUGCCUCUCGUCACCUCCGCCAGGCGGUACCAGCCGCUGCUAUCAAUCAUCGCUCCGCAGCUACAGCAAGUGGUCCCCGACGGAGCAGGGUGCGACCCUGGUGUGGCGGGAUCUGUGUGUCUACGCUACGGCCGGAUCACCGAAUGGUGAGCGUAAUGUUGGUUCCGGUAGCCAUCGUUCCUCGAUCAAACGAAUCAUCAACAAUGUGAGUGGUGCCGUAACACCCGGAACGCUGAUCGCCUUAAUGGGUUCCAGCGGAGCCGGCAAGAGUACGCUUAUGUCUGCCCUGGCCUACCGUACACCGCCGGGAACAGUUGUGCAGGGGGAUAUACUCGUAAAUGGACAACCGGUAGGCCCUUACAUGUACCGAUUGAGCGGAUUUGUGCACCAGGAUGACCUGUUCGUUGGUUCACUAACCGUCCAUGAGCACAUGUACUUCAUGGCAAAGUUGCGACUUGAUCGACGUGUCGGCCACCGGGCAAUAGACCAAACGAUUCGGGAUCUGCUCGAACGGACCGGUUUGGCACGGUGCGCCAGCACACGGAUUGGUGAAGCUGGCGACGGGAAGAUGCUGUCCGGUGGUGAAAAGAAACGGCUCGCCUUCGCCACCGAGCUACUGACGAAACCGACGCUCCUGUUCUGCGACGAACCUACGACCGGAUUAGAUUCAUACAGUGCCCAGUCACUGGUGUCAACAUUGCAGCAGCUGGCCCGCCGUGGUACCGCCAUCAUCUGCACCAUCCAUCAACCAUCGUCUCAGCUGUUCUCGAUGUUCGAUCAGGUGAUGCUGCUAGCGGAAGGACGUGUCGCGUAUGCGGGCCGGCCGCUGGAUGCACUUGCCUUCUUCGCACAGCACGGUCACGCCUGCCCACCAAAUUAUAAUCCUGCGGAGUAUCUGAUCGGUGCACUGGCUACAGCACCCGGAUUUGAGAAGGCGUCCCAGCGUGCCGCCCAUCGGUUGUGCGAUCUCUUCGCAGUGAGUGAAGCGGCCAGCCAGCGUGAUGUACUGAUCAACCUGGAGGUGCAUAUGGCCGAGAGCGGUGACUACCGGGUGACGGAAGAGCAACAUCUGUCCGGACGACCACACUGGUUGCACACGACACUGUGGCUCACGUACCGUGCACUGCUAACCGUGGCACGCGAUCCUACCGUGCAAUAUCUACGGCUGCUCCAGAAGAUUGCAAUCGCACUGAUGGCGGGACUGUGCUUUACCGGUGCCAUCGAGCCCACGCAGCUUGGUGUACAGGCGACACAAGGCAUUCUGUUCAUCCUCAUCUCGGAGAACACCUUCACACCGAUGUACGCGGUACUGUCCGUUUUUCCCGAAACGUUUCCACUGUUCAUGCGCGAAACGAAGAACGGCCUCUAUCGCACCUCGCAGUAUUACGUCGCGAACGUGGUUGCGAUGCUGCCCGGACUCGUACUCGAACCGCUCGUGUUCGUCCUGAUCGCGUACUGGUUGGCGGAGUUGCGCCCCACGUUCUACGCCUUUCUCGUGACAGCGAUUGCGGCCACGCUCGUCAUGAACGUGUCGACAGCGUGCGGAUGUUUCUUCUCGGCCGCCUUCAACUCACUGCCGCUAGCGAUGGCCUACCUGGUGCCGUUUGACUAUAUUCUCAUGAUCACAUCCGGUGUAUUCAUCCAUCUAAACACGAUGCCGGCCGCAACACGCUGGCUGCCGUACAUCUCAUGGAUGAUGUACGCCAACGAGGCCAUGUCCAUCGCCCAGUGGGAAGGUGUCACUAAUCUUACUUGCCCUGCCGUUGAUGACAAACUGCCGUGCCUCCGUACCGGUAACGAGGUUCUCGAGCACUAUAGCUUUGACGAAAGCCACCUGGCGCUAAAUCUGUGGGCGAUGGUGUUCCUGUACUUUUGCUUUCACGUGCUCGGUUAUUUAUUCUUGUGGCGCAAAACUAAGCGUUGAGAUGCGUGUGCAGACACGUUACAUUUUGUCCGGUACCGAAUAUACUUCUUGUCCUGUUUAAAUACACUAGGAAUCCUCA